UGUGUCGCGACUGGAAACAGUCUUAAGGGAAUUGGCCGUCUUUUUAUUCCGCAAAGAAAACCUCUUUUUUUUUUUUUUUUUAUCAGUGAGGCGUAAAAUACUUUUUUUUUUUUUUUUUUUUAACGUUUCAAGUAUGUCUCCUCCCGAUUGUUACUGCACUGAAUACGGCGGGCGACAUCCCCACGCUAUCCUUUUUAACAUCUUGAGUCAAAAAGAGACCAAUGACUUAAGAAACUGGGAUUACUAUACCACGUCUCACAACUGUCACUGCGAACAACGAAGGUUAGUGUGCCUCAGAAACCCAGAGAGUACCUGUCAGGCCGCCUCCGCCGUGCUUGUCAAAACCGUUCGGUUUAUGAAAAGCUUACCUUCUUUCCACCACCUUCCACGUGGUGAUCAGACGUUACUUCUUCGGAGCUGCUGGGUACCUCUCUUCAUCUUGGGUCUCGCACAGGAACGCAUUGCCUUUGAGGUGAUGGACCUACCGGCAAACAGCAUCCUCCGGAAGAUACUCCUUAACGACCAAGAGAGCCACAGCGAACGGGAAACGGAGGACUGUCCGCCCACUCUCGCUGGAGUGCAUAAUUUGAAGCUGUGUUUGAACAAACUCUUGAGUCUGGACCUGAGUCCUAAAGAAUACGCGUACCUCAAGGGUGCUUUGUUGUUUAAUCCUGAGAUCCGUGGACUGCGGUCUACCACGUUAAUUGAAGGUCUACAGAAAGAAGCUCUGAGGGUGCUACAAGAAGUCAUCCACACGCUGUAUCCCAACAACAGAGAUCGAUUCACACAGAUCCUCCUAACAGCCUCCUCUCUACAGACAAUUGCCAAGAGCCUGGUCUCUGAAUUAUUUUUCAGACCCAUUAUUGGCCAGAUGGACCUUCUAGAACUACUGAAUGAAAUUCUUUUCACCAAAUAGGCCACAUUUUACUCGUGAGGCAGAACUGAACUACACAGUGGGCAUACAGUUAGUCUGUGUGGACCAGACUACCAAUAGCCAUCAGCUGAUAUUACUUUUGACUAGUCCAUGAGGAUGACUUGAACAUAAGAAUGUUUGUAGUGCAUUGAGCAUUUGUGACAGAGUACCUAUUCAGAGUAUAUUUUCUACAUUUAUUUUUCUAAUAAAAGCACUAAACUCUCUA